UGUGGAAUAUAAGGAGCAGACCUGCCUGUGGAUGUGGAUUGCAUCGAAUUCCCAAUCUUCACCAUCUCGCAACAAAACCAAAGACAUCUCCGCCGGUAGGAAGUCAAUAAGCAGUCCGACAGACCAACAGUCUCGACACAGCAGCGUCGCAAAGCCAAGAUGAAGUUGAGCACAGCAAUCGCGCUCGCGUUGUCGGCAGCAGCCGAGGCACACUACGUAUUCCCAAGCGUCGGCAACACAGCGGACUGGGCGGCGGUCCGGCAGACCAAGAACUACCAGAGCAACGGCCCCGUGACGGACGUGGCGUCGCCCGACAUGCGCUGCUACCAGAUGCUGGGCGCGACGCAGAUCGUCAACGUGACCGCCGGCUCGACCCUCGCGUACAACGCCAAGACCUCCAUCUCCCACCCGGGCCCCAUGGCCUUCUACAUCGCAAAGGUCCCCGCCGGCCAGAGCGUCCUGGACUGGAACGCCGACGGCAAGGUCUGGUCCAAGAUCUACCAGGACCAACCCAGCAUCUCCGCCAGCAGCAUAACCUGGCCAUCACAGGGCGCCCAAUCGGUCAGCGUGACGAUCCCCAAGUGCCUAGCGGACGGCGAGUACCUGCUGCGGGCGGAGCACAUCGGCUUGCACAGCGCCAGUGCCGUGGGCGGGGCGCAGCUGUACAUCUCGUGCGCGCAGAUCUCGGUCAGCGGCGGGUCGGGCACCUACGCGCCCAAGAACCAGGUCGCCUUCCCCGGCGCCUACCCCGCCACCGACCCGGGCCUCGUCAUCAACAUCUACUACCCCAUCCCCACGUCGUACACGCCUCCCGGCCCAGCGGCCGAGACUUGCUAGAGGGCUGAUUUGGUGGGCUCGGGGGUGGUGGAGUGAGUCCUUGGAUCUCGAGGGAUGCCUGGGCUGAGUUGAGGUAUUAUGUGUGUGAUGGGGAGUCUGAGACUCUAGAAUAACCCAGCAAAGGGGUUCGAAUGUAUAUAUAGAUAUAUAUAUCUUAGAAGCACAAAAAAACGCCUGACUCAAC